AUGUUUUCUGCAAAAUCCAUUUAUGAAAUGUACAAGCGUUUUAAUGACUUGAUAAACAGAUUCAAAGGCUUAGGCAAACCGUUUUCUAGUAAAGAACUAGUAAGAAAGCUACUGAGAUCUUUACCUUGUGAAUGGAUGCCUAAACGAACUGCAAUUGAAGAAGCUCGUGAUUUAAACACUCUUUCGGUUGAAAGACUCAUUGGUUCUCUUUUGAGUCAUGAGGAAGUUGUUAACCAGAUGAAUAGAUAA